AUGAAUUAGAAGAACAAUAAUUGCCAUAAUGCUUAAAGAGAUAACCAUUCAACAUUUCCACCUACUCGCAGAGGAAUUUCGAGUUUUCUCUUAAAAACAUACUCAAUGGUUAUGGUAUGUAAGUCAACACUCAUUCCCUUAUAAUUCAGAGCUUUAAUUUAAUUAAAUUCUGGAAAAUUACAAUAUGAAACAAUAUAUUAAUAAAUUUAAUAUAAACUAAAUAAUUAGAAUCCAGAAUUUGAAGAUAUCAUCUCAUUUAAUAGUGCUGGAAAUGCCUUUGUAGUCAAGGAUUAGAACGGAUUCAGUGAUUAUGUGUUGCCAAAACAAUUUAAGCAUUAAAACUUUAGUUCCUUUAUAAGACAAUUGAACAUGUAUGGUUUCAAGAAGAUAAGAAAUGUCAAUAAUUAGAAUCAGUUCAGUCAUCAUUAUUUUUUAAAAGGAAGAGAAGAUCUUUUGUACAAAAUCAUGAGAAAAAACAGCAUUAUUCACAAAUAUCAUUAUCUGAAAUUGCAGAAUAAAGCAAAGAAAGAAGUUAAUCAAUUAAAUUCCAACUACUCAGAAUUGAAGAUGGACAUAGAAUAAAUAUAAAAAGAACUCAUUUAUUUUUAUUAACAAUUUGACUAAUUUUAAUCUAGUCUUUCAACUUUGAUUGACUCCUCAAGACAAUAAAUUAGAGAAUUAAGCAUUAUCAAGAAUUAGAAUUCCUUUUGUAAUGACUUACUUCUCCAAGUCUUGUCCAAUGUAUCUAAAUCAUAACCCGAAUAAUAAUAUCAUUGUAGCAAUACCAUUAUAUUUGUAUUAGUUCAAUAUCCAUUUACUAACUCUACCCAACAAACUCAAACUACUAAAAGUAAUCGAAGUGAUAAAGAUGAAUUGAAUAAUGAUAAUGAAAAUAAUAACAAUUCGAGUAAAGAGGAUACCAAUCAAAGUUUUUAGAGUAAUUCUUUUAGAGAACCUUAAUAACAAUAAUUGAAAUCAGAUUUAAAUGGAAUUUGA